CACAAUGGUUUAACCCGUUGCCAAGGUGCUCGAGUAAAGCUACCGCACGCAGCAGCAACAAAAUACUAGUCUGUAGGCCUCAAAACAUGAACACUUUAGUACUUCUUAAGUAUUUGCAAACAAAUAGUCAUUAUUAGCUGUUAACAAUUGUUCUCGAAGGACAGCGACAGUCUUGUUUUGUUUUGUUGUAUUUAGCAGUCGUGUGCAACGAGACCUGUGCGUAACUAGCCCGUUAGCCAAAGUUAGCGGACGGGUACUGUUAGUGAUGGUUAGUUCGGAGGCUUUCAUGGACGCUUUGCCUGGCAAAUGUUGGAAACUACAAUCUGAACUUUGUUCUCAUAAACACUCUUGGCUCAUUUGCAAGUGAUGCGAGGACUUCAGUUCAGCUUUAUCUGGCCAUGGAGCAAAGAGAGGAUAAGGAGAAGGAGGAAAUCACCCUCCGCUUGCACAGGGACGGUAUGUCCCCCGAGGCUCCAGCUGAGGAGCGUGAGCGCCACCUUUGGCGCCUGCUUCAACGUAGUGAGGACAGUUUAACCACAGCCACCGAGGACCUGCAAACAUUACGUACACAGCAGGCCAGCGAGAUGCGAGAGGUGGAAAAUUAUGUGGAGCAUAUUCGAAACAUGCUGGAGGAGCGUGAAUCUCUUACGGCGGAGUACGAGCGCGACAACGAACAACUUCGUGCCGAGCUCGCUCAAAUGAAACACCUGCAGGACUCCCAAUGUAAGGAGGUGGUGGAGAUGCUCGAGCAGGAGGGUCUGUCAGAGAUCAGCCAGAGCAGUGCCAGUGAGCAGGUGGCUUAUCUGCUGGUGGAACGAGUUACUUUGCUUGAAAGACUGGAGGCUACUGAGAGGAAGCUGGACACCCAGACCCUUACCGGCAACCUUAGAGAGGUGCAUCUGCAGGAGGAGCUUGAUCAUAUCCGUCACACGAUGGAAGAGGAGCUUAGGCAGCAAAGGGAAUAUGUGCACCGUACAAAGGAAAAUGAAAACAAGUUUCUUUUAAUUCUGUGUUCCACUAUAAAUGAACAGGAAGCAUCAGUUCAAAGUCCUUGGAGGAAGCUCUUUGGUGCGCGCAAGGCUACACUAAAAGCCCAGAAUCUUGUUCCUGCCCACGGUGAAGAGCUCAACAGAGAACGUACAGAGCGGCAGAGGUUGGAGAGGGAUUUGGAAGAGGCAUCUAGUCGUCUUGCUAUGGCACAUGAAGAGAUUCGCCGCCUGACGGAUGAGCUAGAUCUGGCUCGUAAGAUCCAGAACGUGUGUGUACCUGACCUGCAGAAAACUGGGGAGGAGGUGGAGCAGUUAAAACAGGAAGUGGACAAGCUUAAACAGUGUGAUAUGGUGGAGCUGCAGAAGGCCAAGGAGCGCAAUGAAAGACUGGACGGGGAGAUUCGAGCGCUGCGGGAUAGAGUUCGCUCCUUGGACACAGAAAGGAAGACUCUCAUUGAACUGGUUGAACAAUCCAAGAUGCACUUAAAUCAAGGAAAUAAUGAAAUCUCUACACGGGGUGUUGGGAAUAAUGUCAAUCCAGAUCCAGAGGACCAAAUACUUCACAAAAAGUGUCAAAGGGAGUCUGAAGAUAAGGACAGCCGUCUGCGAGAGAUGGAGAGGAGGCUUAAGAAGCUGCAAAAGGAGCACGAGGAGCUGGUGGAGAGAAAUGAGGAACUGGAGGCACUGCUGGGCGAGGCGCAGAACGCUGCUAAAGAGGAGCGGGAGCGUCACGAUUGUGAGAUGGAGGGCUUACGGAGAAAAAUUAAAAGUGUAGAGCAAGAGCUAAAGAGGAACACUAAGAAACCUGAGAAGAAAGAUGAAGAUCGGGUUAGAGGAACCAACUCUGAGCUUAAAGAGAGCACUCAAGAAAGACUUCAGUUUCUCGAAGGUCGGCUUGCUGAGGAAAAAGGGUGGAGGAAACAGCUGGAGGUUGACCUAUCUGUUGCCCAGUCUGCUCUUAAAAAGGAGAAAGAGGUCAUGCAAAGAGACCAUGAGGAACUGAAGAGAUUACGUGUAGAGGUGCAGAGACUGGAGACAGAAUGUCGACAGGGCAAAACACUUAAUAAGAAUCUCACACAGAUCAAAGGAGAAAAGGGAAUUUUGGAAGAAAAGGUAGCUCAGCUGGAGCGCGCUCAAAUGAGACUUCAGGACAACCGGACAUUUCAGACAGAGAACAGUCGGGUCGAAGACAACCUAAGAGAGAGCAGGGAGCAGGUGGCAGAGCUAAAGUCAGUGGUGGAAAAGCUCAGAACAGAAUUGACUCGACAGGAGAAGGAGCUCAAUACACUAAAGGAUGAACUAAUGGAGAAGCGUAGUCAUGUGAUGGAUCUGCAGAGGGAGCUCAGUGAGAAAACCCAGGAGAGGCUUCAGACUAAUGGGGAGAGGGAGAGACUCGGUCUGGAGCUCCAGCAUGUUAAACAGCAGCUCCAGUUGGCUAGAGAGCAGAUACCCAAAGCUUCACAGGAGCACACGGCCAACCACAGGCCCACAGCAGAAAAUGAGAGGCAUUGUCAGUUGGCCUGUGUGAAGUCAGAAAUGAGUAAGCUUCAUUCCACCCUGGAGGAGGAGAGACAGCUUGCCGGCCAACACCUACUGGCCCUGCAGGCCCAAAUCAGUGAAGCUCAGGCUCGGGCUAAGGCACAAGAUUCGCUCUUACAGCAGAAGGGAGAGGAGAACAAACAGACGAAGCAGGACCUGCAGAGAACCCAGCACCUGUUCACCUCUGCUGAACGAGAGCUACGCUAUGAGAGAGAGAAGAAUCUAGACCUUAAGAAACACAAUGCACUGCUGGAACAAGAGAAGCUCAAGCUGUGUGCAGAGCUGAAACAGGUCCAGACCAAAGCAGCCCAGCUGGAGGGGAGUACAGCAGAGCAGGUGGCAGAGCUGGAGAUACUUCAUCAGAGGGCCAGAGAUCUGGAGCUGGAGGUGGCCAGAAGCUCUCAGAGCAAACAGACUAACAACACUUUGAUGGAGGAACUAAAUGCGGAGAGGGCACGCGUGAUCGCUGCAGAUAAGAAGGUUGUCGAACUGCAGCAGCAGUUGAAGAACACCUUGCACCAGCUGCGUCUGGAAGAAGCCAGAUCUGGAGAGACCAGCAAACUGGAAAGAGAGACCAGAGAUAUGUCUGAUAGUCUGUCUGCCCUCAGAGCUAAAAUGCAAGAAGAGCAGCUGCAGAGGAAACUGCUUGAGCAGAAAGAUGAGGAAUUACAGCAGCAGGUGCGGUCGAUGAGGAUGAAGGAGGCGACUCUGAUGCGGGCCAACUCGGAGCUGUCUCACCACACACAGGAGCUGGAGAUGCGGCUGCAGGUGCUGGAAAGUGAACUCAACACCACCAGAGAAGAGCAGAGACUCAGUCAGAAGAGCUGCCACAGGCUUGAAGAGCAACUUCUCUCCUCCCAGCACGAGUGUGAAAGACUGCAAGAGGAACUUAAGCUGGUCGCUCAGCAGCUUGACACAAACAUCAGGAGACACAAUGAGAAACAAUCCCAGCAUAAAACCAAGUUACGCAGAGCCAAACAGAUCUUCAUCAAGACAGUAUCUCAACAUGAACACCGGAUCCAGCAGCUGGAGAAUGAUCUGGCCCUUGCAACAAUCCUCUCUGAGAAAGAGAAGGACUGGAUACGGACCAUGACAGAGGAAAAUGACCAGCUUCUCCUCGAGAGACGAGAACUUCUGCAGCGAAUAAGCGAGGCUGAGGAGAUGGGAAACGAUGGACUGAGAACAGCCACUAGCACCCAGCAGAGGGUUAAAUUCCUAGAGAUGGAAAAUAAGCAGCUGCAAGAUAAAACUUUAACACUGGCCAAUCACAUAGGAAUUUUAGACCGUGCAUUGAGAAACCUUCAGUCUUUGUGUACUGCUGAGGAAGUCAAGAAAAUGUUUCCUUCUGGAGUUUAUUCUGAUGGACUGUUGCGAACAUCAACUCCAAGUGACUCAUGGGGAAUAUUGGAUGCCAUUCGCAAAGUGGGGGAGUCUGGAGUGAAGAGCUUGGAGAUCUCCUCACCGUUACCUGUCUCACAGUCAACUGAGAUGGGAUACUUAAAUGUGACCUCACAUGUGGCUGCUAACACCAGAUUAGAGCUGGAAGAAAAUCUUAGUGCCACCAGCGAUGAAGCCUGAGAGACUUUGUCAGCUUUAAAUCUUCAUCAUCUUCAUUUUUAAUAGGAGAGGUUUGUUUCACCACCGUUCAAUUCAGUUGCUUUUCCAUUGUGGAUACAAAUGUACUGUCAUAGUUUUGUUGUACAUUGAUGGUAAAUAUGUAGCAUGGUACUUUUGUGGUUAAUCGAAGUACUUCUAAACAUGAUAUGGUACUUUAUCAAGUCAAAUUAGAAUACAGCAUAUAAUCUAUAUGAUGACGUUUGCCAGGGGCCAGGAAAAUGACGUCUAGAAGUCGCCAUGUUUUUUGUACAUUUAAUGAGUAUGGUACUAUAGCGAAGCACUUAAAGCACUAUUAACCUGAUGUUCAUAUGGAUCUGUCUGCAAGUGUUUACAAUUGAAAUGCACUAUUGCCUUUGGAUAAGGAUAAGUAUUUGUCUUAUUGAGAUCUUAAAUGCCACAAAGUUAAAGAUGUCUAGAGCAAUGAAGUUAAACAUCUUGUAUCAGUGAAUACUGAGAUUGCCAUACAGUAACUAAGAUAGUAACUGUGUGUAAUAUAUGUUUGGUUUACUGUUACAUUUUCUUUUUGCUCACUUUUUUACGUAAUCUUUUUUGGGGAUAGUUGCUAAAUUCAAGGUCACUUUAGUUUUUUUUUUGUAUAAGUACUUUGGUGUGAUGAUUUAUAAAUGCAAGUUUUUCUUAUUUGUAAUAUAUGCCAGAAGUAUGAUUGUUUUAGAAAAACAGCCAGUCUGUGGUGGGUAUUGUAUUCAAAGAGGGAUUUGGCUACUGACAGAUACACAAAAUGAUUUUUUUGUAUUAUCAUAAUGGUAAUACCACUGUAAACUGUGGCAUAAAAAUCCUGUAGUUGUGCCUGUAAAUUACUGUGUCCUGCUGCUAUAUAAUAAUAGGAUGCAACUUUAAUGAAAUCAUCUUUUAGGGCUAAUGUGGAAAAACUGCGAAAGGCAUUAAUGUACAUGGUACACUUUGAAAGAGCAUGUAUUUUCUUAAUAAAUUUUUCAUUUCUUUUCUUGA